UCCUUGUCGCGCGCGGCUUCGCGCGCGCGCGCCUGGCACGCAUCAUCCGUUGCCAUGGUCUCGCCUAGUCCCGUGCGGACUAGGCCUCGCGCGCUGAUCACCCAAUCGCGCGCCAGCGCGCUCGCCCAGCUGCCGCCGCCUUCCUCAUGCGCGUGUGCCCCAUCGCUCGACACUCCUAAGCCUGCAAGGUUUAGGCCAUGCGCAUGCACGCCCCAAUCGUGCGCUCUCGUCCGCGCGCCCUCGCUAUCGGCCUGUUCGCGCGCGUCCUCGCCACUUGCGCGGUUGCUGCCCACGUUCGACGCCCCCGCACUCUUCUCGCGUUCGCCUGCCCGCCCGCGCGUACCGUCGACGCCUGUGUCCCGAUCGCCUAUCGCGCGCCCGUGUACACCCGCGGUUCCCCGCGUAUCACCGACCCCCGCAGCUUGUCUACCUCCUGCGCAUGAUCGCGCGUCACUAGCGUCCAACAUCUCGGCGCUGCGUCUUUGUUUAACGCCUCGACCCUUCGACCUCUUGCGCGCAUCACCGCACGAUGCGCGCCAUACGCCCGAUAAUCGGUUCUCAUCGAUCCCUUUGUCCCUUGACUCCAUUGGUUCUCCUGACGGCCAUGGAUCCCAACCAUCCAACCCAAUGCAGUCACCUGCACGCCAUAUCCAGCCAUCGUCCAUUCCUCGCCUUCCCCUUCUUCGGAACUCUGAAUGCCACUCCCGUUUCUUCCUCGUGCACGGCCCACAACAUUGGCUCGCCUUUUGUGCCUUUGUUUUGCGUCGUCUUUUGAUCCGGCACUUUUUAGCCUUCAACUCG